AGCAGGGAGCGGAGGCGGCGCGGCAGGGAGUGUUUGGGUGGGAACGAGGCCUGUGCCGGCCGGUGAGAGAAUGGUGAAGACCCGGCAGAGCUCACUGAAAGGCCUGGACGGGAAGGCUAUCUCAUCCCGCACCCGUUCGGGACAGAGCCGACUGCGGUCAAGGGUGGAAGUGGAUCAGAAGGACACUUGCAGUGAUGGCAGCCUGAGCGACAGCCAGUUAUCUCCUCCAGCCAAACGCGCAUGUAAACAUGCAGAACCUGUCUGCAACGAGAUCCCGAAGGCACGAGCCGCCAAGCAGCGAGAGGAAUGGGGAAUCGCUACCCGGCGAACCAGGUUACUUUCUCAGACUGGUGCUACGUUACCAAAUAGCCACAGUAGUUUAUCUCUUCGAAGCCACCCGCGACACGUUGAGAAGGAGGGAAGUGGUGACCACUCCUGCAUCAAUGGCGGCCGGGAGGUUAGAAGAAGCUGCAGGUCAAAAAGCAACCGCUUUGAAAGCUUGAAUCAGAGCCUGCUGUUCGACCAGCUGGUGAAUAGCACCGCUGAAGCCGUACUCCAGGAAAUGGACAAUAUCAACAUCCGGCGGAGCAGCAAAUCCAGAGAGGUGGAGCGGCUAAGGAUGUGGACGGAUACAGAGUUUGAGAAUAUGGACAUGUAUUCCCGUGUGAAAAGAAGAAGGAAAAGCCUUCGGAGAAAUGCCUAUCAAAUAAAAAACCACCACGAGGAAUCAUCUGAAGGGGAGGAGGUUUCCGAGGAAUCUCAAGAAGAAGGUGAAGAUGGGGAUGAAGAAGCCGAGGUAGAGGGCGAGGAGAACGACCGACCGUAUAACUUGAGGCAAAGAAAAACGGUGGAGAGAUACCAAGCGCCUCCUAUUGAGCCAGCACAUCAAAGAAAGCGACAGAGCACUUUAUUUGACACACACAGGUCUCCAGCCAGAAGAAGCCAUAUUAGGAGGAAGAGGCAUGCUAUUCACAGCAGUGACACAACUUCGUCAUCAGAUGAAGAACGGUUUGAGAGAAGAAAAUCUAAAAGCAUGGCCAAAUCCCGGAACAGGUGCUUGCCGAUGAACCUCAGGGCAGAGGAUUUGGCGAGUGGCAUCCUCCGUGAACGGGUCAAGGUGGGAGCCAGUUUAGCGGACGUGGACCCAAUGAGCCUAGACCGAUCGGUCCGUUUUGACAGCGUCGGCGGUCUAAGUCGGCACAUUUACGCUUUGAAAGAAAUGGUGGUUUUCCCCCUGAUCUAUCCUGAAAUAUUUGAGAAAUUCAAAAUACAGCCGCCCAGGGGCUGUCUGUUCUACGGACCGCCUGGAACGGGAAAAACGUUGGUGGCUCGAGCUCUCGCCAAUGAGUGCAGCCAGGGGGACAGGAAGGUCUCUUUCUUCAUGCGCAAAGGCGCUGACUGCCUCAGCAAAUGGGUGGGAGAAUCCGAACGCCAGCUGCGCCUGCUUUUUGACCAAGCAUAUGUGAUGCGGCCAUCUAUAAUAUUUUUUGAUGAAAUAGAUGGGCUUGCCCCAGUCCGCUCCAGCCGGCAGGAUCAGAUACACAGCUCUAUUGUGUCUACCCUGCUUGCUCUCAUGGACGGGCUGGAUAACCGAGGGGAAAUCAUUGUUAUUGGUGCUACCAACAGACUUGACUCGAUAGAUCCAGCACUCAGGAGACCUGGUCGAUUUGACAGGGAAUUUCUUUUCAGUUUACCUGAUCAAAAGGCACGAAAGCACAUUUUACAAAUCCACACCAGGGACUGGAACCCCAAAUUGUCCGAUGCCUUCUUGGAGGAACUUGCUGAAAAAUGCGUUGGCUAUUGCGGGGCUGACAUUAAAGCACUUUGCACAGAGGCUGCGCUGACCGCUCUCCGCCGCCGAUACCCCCAGAUUUACGCCAGCAGUCACAAGCUACAGCUCGACAUCUCGUCUGUCGUUCUCGGUGCCCUAGAUUUCUACCAUGCAAUGAAAAACAUCGUGCCUGCUUCUCAACGUGCUGUGAUAUCUCCCGGGCAUGCGCUGUCCUCCAUCAUCAGGCCCCUGCUAGAGAGGACCUUUACGAACGUGCUCGGCGUCCUACACAAAGUAUUUCCUCGCGCCGAGUUCAGCAACGAUAACAAAGCGGAUGACGCAGCGGAUCUGCUCCUGGAAGACUGUGAAGAUGAGAACGCGCUAUCGAUAUUCGACACGAACUGUGUCUCAGGAUCACCAAAGAAACACCCAGCUGCUCUACACAACAAUUUCCUCCACUUCACGACGUCCGCAUGUCACCAGCCAACCUAUUACCGGCCCAGGCUGCUUCUGUCUGGAGACCCCGGCUCAGGUCAAACCUCGCACCUCGCCCCCGCCAUAUUGCACACCCUCGAAAAGUAUUCGGUGCACAGGCUGGACCUACCGGCGCUUUAUUCCGUCAGCGCUAAAACUCCCGAGGAGUCGUGUGCACAGAUAUUCCGGGAAGCGCGGCGGACGGUGCCCAGUAUCGUUUACAUUCCUCACGUCGGGGAGUGGUGGGAAGCGGUCAGCGACACCGUGAGGGCCACUUUCCUGACGCUCCUGAAAGACGUGCCCUCCUUCUCUCCCGUGCUGUUACUGUCUACCUCUGAAACCAGGUACAGCGAUCUGCCAGAGGAGGUGAAAUGCAUUUUCAGGAUUCGGCACGGGGAGGUUUUUGUCGUUAACCGACCCGAUGAAGAGGACCGCUCCAAAUUUUUCCAGGACCUGAUACUUCGUCAGGCGGCCAUGCCACCCCCAAGAAGGAAGAGAGCGGCUCUGCAGGCUUUGGAGGUUCUCCCUCCUGCCCUCCCGCCGCCCCCCCGCCAGCUCUCCGAGGUGGAGAAGGAGCGGAUGGAAGACCACGAGGAGAACACGCUGAGGGAGCUGCGGCUCUUCCUCCGGGACGUCACCAAGCGGCUGGCCACCGACAAGCGAUUUAACAUCUUCAGCAAACCGGUGGAUAUUGACGAGGUUUCCGACUACCUCGAAGUUAUCCGGAAACCCAUGGACCUUUCCACCAUAAUGACCAAAAUCGACACCCACCGCUACCUGACCGUCAAGGACUUCCUGCUGGACGUCGACCUGAUCUGCAGCAACGCCCUGGAGUACAACCCCGACAAGGAGCCCGGAGACAAAAUCAUCCGACACCGCGCAUGCACUCUGAAGGAUACGGCGCACGCCAUUAUCGCCGCCGAGCUGGAUCCUGAAUUUAAUAAGCUAUGCGAGGAAAUCAAGGAUGCCAGAAUCAAGCUAGGGCUGUCUGUUAAUACGGUGCAAGUCAUUCCUCGGAGUUCUGCGACUCGCAAUCCGGAGAACGGGGCAGAAGAAGCGCUGCAGAACAGACACGCGGCGGCGCUCGACGGCGGAAUCCACUCGGGAAUGAAGUGCACGUAUCCGAUUAGGAAGAAGCAGCGGCGGAAGUCCCAAUGGGGGAGAGGAAUUAUAAAAAAGAAGAAAUCCAGCUGUAGCUUAAAGAAAGAAGAGGAGGAAGCCAGCCAGGACACGCUGGUAAACGGGGACCUAGAGGUCACGGCGGACUGUCUCGAUGAGAACGGCGAGGAGACGGGAGACCUGUCCGUGACCAACGACGAGUCCUCGUGCGACAUGGAUGUUGAAGCAGAACACCAAAACGGCAUUCAUGGCAAGGGUAGCAGUUUUGUGACCACGGAGGAGGACACCUCUAAUGAGUCCUUGUUGGUAACUUCAAAGAUGGCACUGAACGAAGAGACGGGCUCCGUCAAGGAUCCGCCCGUCUCUACUGAAUGUUUGAAUGGGGACGCUUCGUUAGACAGCUUGGAAAGCAUAGGGACGCCGGGAUUACAGAACGGCAAAGGAGAUACCGACAGCCUCGCCGAGAAACCAAAUUCCCAGUCUGAACCCUGCCCCUCCGAUGAGCCGGCCGACCCGGCACUCAACUGUCACGAGGCGACAAGCCUCGAUCGCCAUGAAACACAGAUACCUGCCGGAGACGCGCAGCGCGAUGACUGCGGAGACACGCCGGCGGAUGCUGAGCUGGACGCUGCCCCGGAAGGCGAUGUAUGCAGCUCACCUUUGCACAAAAACCUGGAUCUGGAGGAGAAACUGGACCCGGAGCCACCUUUGGUUGUUGACCAUGACAGGCUAAAGAACCUUCUUGAUGUUUUGGUGAAGAAGAGCCAUAACUUGACCGUGGAUGAGCUUGAAAGGUGGUAUUCUGUCCUCAGUCAGUGCAUCUACAUGCAUCGGCACGAUUACGACAAGACGGCGUUAGUGGAGGAAAUGGAAAGAACAGUCCGCGCGUUCGAAACAUUCCUGUGAAGGCCGCCAAAGCAGCCGUUUGAACCCUUGACUGCUCACGGGAGGACAAUAACCUUGAAAAAUAAAAUAUUUAUUACCGCUGGCACCGUGUCGGUCUCUGAGCCUCAUUCUCUAGUGUUUGACCCUCUGCUAUGAUAUGAGAUUGGUGCUAUUGUCUCAGGUACCUGAUGCCAACCAGCCUACUUAGAACCAAACAGAACUCACAGCGGACAAACGGACCACCACAGCGUGAAGACUUGCGGUGCUAUCGGCGGCGUGGGCCGGCUGUCGGCUGUUGCUUUUCCCCUUCUACCUUCAGAUGUGGUUUCUUUUCGCUCGACGAAACCGCCCAGAACUGGAACACGCAACCAACGUGCUCGUAUUUAUAUGAUUUUUACCUGUUCCGCGUCGCUCCCCGGCCGUGCCCGUCUGUCGCGGUCACGCGUGUUGCGAAUGGCUUUCAUGGAAACCGUGCGGGAGAGACGGUCAGCGGCAGCUUACAGAUACAGACUGGAACCCGGCUCACGAGGGCUACCCCUUUUACCCUUUUCGUGCCUUUUUGCUUUCUUUUUUUUCUCUUUGGAAACUGUAGUUAUUUAAUACGGUUAUAUGGUUUGAGGUGGCGGAAAACGAGUCUCCUGGAACAAAGCUGGCGAGGUUGAGCGUUGCUGGCCGCUUGCCGUUGAGUAUUUGACGUUCUCGCUGAAAUCCGCGUUCAGAGCCUUGUGGCCUUCUACCCGAAGUGCGAGUAACAGCCGUGUGUCGGAGCGGGCCGUCAAAACAUCUGGCUACAUACAUGUUACACGGCAGCUGGUGAAGGAAUGCCCGUGUCAUGGGUCACGGGAGGAAGGCAUGGUAUAUGCAGCCGCUCCUUGGC